GUAAGAUAAAACAGCUGUAUUCGAACCAUGCGGUUGUUCGAUUAUCGGGAAAUUCCGGAACAACGUGCGAUCGGUUGGAUAAGCAGAAGCAUUUAAAAACUGUCAAGCGAUAAUUUUGAUUUUACAAAACUGCUUUCCGGGACAAAGGAGACUUGAAUUAAACAUUUUCAUGAAAAUCUUGGAUUAUAUUGAAAUCGUCAAUUCCUAACAAUGGGAAAGAAACGUUAUAACUGGAAAUCGAGAGCGGUUGCGAACGUGGAAGUCGAUAAUUCCACUACUAAAGAGAUUGCACUAGACAUCGAGCAUCGCGCCGAGGACUAUGAUAAUUGCAACGCACUCGUCUUGCCUGCACAAAAAAGAAAAACGAAAAACAUAGAUAAGAAAGUGACGACCACUCGACUGUUAUCAAAGAAACGCAGAAAACAAUUGGAAAAAGUAGUCGAACGGAAGAAGAAAAAGUUACAGAGAGCGACAUUGUUAGAAGAACUGGCAAAAGUGCAAGCUUCUCCUGCUGAGUUGCAACAGUACACAAGUCUAACGUCCUUGCAAAAUAAAGGCUUAAAACGUCAUUUUCGAGAGCUUGAGGCACCUGUUGAAAAAUUAAAGCGCAAAGCAGAUGACGAAGAGGAAGAUGAGGAAGGUGAACAUGAUUCAAUGAAGACUACUGUAAAUUCUAUUAAAAUGAGCAAGAAAAAAAGAUUAGCCAUUCUUGAUAACAUAAAACAAGACGGAGCUAAGCUUGAUCCAAAUGUAGUUGGAUUUGAAUCCAGUGAUAGCAGUGAUGAAGAAGAUAGUGACAACGAAGAAGAAAAUAAAGCACAUGUUCCUGAGGAUAUUGCUGUUUCUAAGGUGGUAAAUAAAAAGGCUGAAAUAAAUGAACAGAAUGAUGAGAAGGACCUCAUAAAAGAUGUGGCCAAGAAAACAACUUCAGUUGAAUCUCAGGAAUCUCAGAAGUCUGUGGAAGAACCACAACAAAAUGCUGUACCCAUAAUUCGCAAGCCUGCUGUUUUUAUACCUGUAAAUAGAAAACCCGAGAUACAAGCGGCCAGAUUGAAACUGCCUGUUGUUGCGGAGGAACAAGUUAUAGUUGAAACGAUAAAUGAGAAUCCAAUAGUUAUAAUUACUGGAGAAACGGGAAGUGGAAAGACUACGCAAGUACCUCAAUUUUUAUACGAGGCUGGAUAUGCUCAAAAUAAAUUGAUCGGAAUAACCGAACCAAGAAGAGUAGCAGCGAUGUCGAUGAGCAAGCGUGUAGCUGAAGAACUGAAUCUCUCACAAAAAGAAGUUUCGUAUCUGAUUCGUUUUGAGGGAAAUGUUACAGAGGAAACAAAGAUCAAAUUCAUGACCGAUGGUGUUUUACUGAAAGAGAUUCAAAGUGAUUUUCUAUUGACAAAAUAUUCUGUAAUUAUACUCGACGAAGCGCACGAACGCAGUGUGUAUACCGACAUCCUCAUCGGUUUAUUGUCAAGAAUCGUCCCGCUGCGUAAUAAACGUGGCAAUCCUUUGAAGUUAAUAAUUAUGUCGGCUACGCUGUCCGUGAAAGAAUUUGUAGAAAACAAUAGGCUAUUUAAGGUAAAACCGCCGGUAAUUGAAGUUAAAGCGCGACAGUUUCUUGUAAAGAUACAUUUUAAUAGAAAAACAAGCACGGAUUAUGUUAAUGAAGCAUUACGGAAAGCAAUAAAAAUACAUACUCGUCUUCCGGAAGGUGGCAUAUUAAUAUUUUUAACAGGUCAGCGAGAGGUGCUUACGGUUGUGCGUAAAUUACGCAAAUUCUUUCCAUUGAAGAAGAAUAAACCUCUAGUUAAAGUGGUGAAAGAUACUGAAAAAAUGUCAGAAACAUCUGAUACAGAACACAAUGAAAAAGACGAUUCCGAAGACGAUUUUGACGCAGAGGAAGCGUUGCGACGUAAUAAGCAGAGGCAAAAGAAACAGAUUAUAUUGCCAACUAUUAAUCUCGAUGAUUAUUCGAUAAAUCCUACUGAUGACACGCACGAAGAUUUAAUCAAUGCGCAGGACGAUGAUGACAACUUUGACGAAGAUGAAGAUGAGGAUGAAGAUGUUAUCGAUUUUAAGAGACUGACGAAUGCACAGCCAUUAUGGGUCUUACCUCUUUAUUCCCUUUUGUCUGGGCACAAACAGGCCAGAGUGUUUGAGCCACCGCCGGAAGGAUGUCGCCUAUGCGUGGUGUCCACCAAUGUUGCAGAAACUUCUCUGACGAUUCCCAAUAUCAGAUACGUUGUAGAUAGCGGGCGUUGUAAAACUAGGCUAUAUGACAAGGUGACGGGUGUAAGCACGUAUCACAUUAGCUAUGCGAGCAAAGCAGCGGCCACUCAACGUGCCGGCAGAGCCGGUAGAACUCGACCUGGUCAUUGCUAUAGGUUGUAUUCAUCAGCUGUAUACGAUAACGACUUCGAGGAAUACAGUCAGUCAGAGAUUCAGAGGAAACCAGUAGACGAUUUGCUACUGCAGAUGAAGACGAUGAAUAUAGACAAAGUCGUGAACUUUCCGUUUCCCACGCCACCGGAUAUCGUGCAAUUAAAAUCCGCGGAGAAACGACUCAUGAUUCUUGGAGCAUUAGAGCCGCCUUCGAAAAAACAGGGAGAAAUGUACUGCGCGAAGGUGACGCCACUUGGACGCAGUAUCGCCGCGUUCCCGGUUUCUCCGCAUUACGGCAAGAUGCUGGCGUUGUCGCAUCAGCAUAACUUGUCGAAAUACACGAUAUGUAUGGUGGCAGCUCUUAGCGUGCAAGAAGUAUUACUGGAGACACUCGACACGGAAGGAACUAAGAGCAAAUGGCUGGAAACGCGUCGUUCUUGGGCUAGGACUGGCAACAGUUUGCUUCUCGGCGACCCAAUGGUUCUGAUAAGAGCCAUCGGAACUGCGGAAUACGCAGGAUCAAAUGGAAAGCUGUUGCCCUUCUGCGAGGAAAAUGGCUUGAGAUACAAAGCAGUAGUUGAGAUUAGGAAACUUAGACAACAGCUCACCAACGAGAUUAAUUUGAACGUGCCAAAUCUAAAUUUAAUCAUUGAUCCAAAAAUGCCGUUGCCAACAGAUACAGAAGCAAAAUUGUUGCGUCAAAUAGUCCUUGCGGGUAUGGCGGAUCAAGUCGCGAAAAAAGUUUUGCCCGACGAGAUAAAAGAAGAUCAGGACAAGAUCAAGUGGAAGAACGCGUACAGAACACCGGAAAUGGAGGAGCCCGUGUUUAUACAUUCCACAUGUGUUCUACGAAAAACUAGACCAGAAUGGGUAGUUUAUCAGGAGUUGUAUGAAACGAAUAAGAUGUACAUGCGAGGUGUCACGGCGAUAGAACCCGAGUGGUUACCGAAAUUCGCGCCCACGUUGUGCCGCCUCAGCGAACCACUGGCUGAGCCACCGCCAAGAUAUAAUCAAGGAACUGGGAAGAUCAUCUGUCGCGUAUCCGGGACGUUCGGAAAAGCUGGAUGGGCACUACCGCUAAUGGAUAUGGAGCACCCGUCGACAGUGGACGGUGUCAAAUGGUUUGCGUAUUUUUUUUUGGAGGGUCAGGUGUGCCCUAAGCUGAAACGCUUUGUCCCGUCGCUGCUGACAACACCUGGUAGCAUCACCAAGUCAUGGGCAAAGCUGAUACCACGCACUCAAGUAAUAGUACAAGCGUUACAGUCGCAGGGAGUCAUGUCCAAAGAUAAACUUGUAGAAAUCUGGGAUUCGGACAAAAAAUUUCUACUGCUUGCGUAUCAGAAGUGGCUACCGGAAUCUGCGCAUGCAGAAGUAGCACGGUUAUGGCCACCUUUGUAA